UCUUAAGUUGAUUGCAUGGUGCUCGCUCCCGAUCCCGCUCUCCAGCAUAACAUGGCGCAGUUAUAAACUCGAAAAACGGUUGUAAAUUUACAAAAAGAUCAAAUCAAGAAAUAACUAAAAAAUGGAAUCCAACAAGUUAGRACCGCUUCAAUUAGCCGGCAAUCAUUCCGAAAACUGGAAGAGAUGGAUCCAAAAAUUUGAAAUUUAUGCCACAGCUACCGAAUUGAAGAAAAAAGAAGAAAAAGUCCAGUGUGCACAACUUCUCUAUUCAUUGGGUGAAGAAUGUAUUGAAAUCUAUAAUUCAUUCGAAUUUACCGACGAAGAAAAGGACAAGUUCGCAAUUUUAAAACAGAAGUUUGAAGAUUAUUUCGUCCCCAAGAAGAAUUUAACGUAUUGCAGAUACAAAUUUUUCUCAGCGAGGCAAGGCAAUGAAACAAUCGAACAAUUCGUAACUGACUUAAAAAAUAAAGCAAAGGAAUGUGAAUUAGGAAAUUUACAAGAUGACUUAAUCAAGACGAUGCUCAUUACUGGAAUAAGGGAUGAAUCAGUAAGGGAAAAAUUACUAGAAAAGGACGGGACAUCGCUAACGUUAGAAAAAGCCGUUGAAUGCUGCAUACAAACUGAAACGGCCAGGAAACAAUUAAAUGAAAUGAAAGGUGAAGCAGGAGAAAAUCGAAGUCUCAAUUAUCGAAAUUUGAAURUAGAAGCCAUCCAACAUCGCAAUGGACGUAACGGUCAAAACGCUUCCCCGAAAUCAGCGUCGACGURAUCGAAACAAGUUCAUUCCAGGAACACUACAGGAAACGGUCGAGACACGAUAUAUAAACAAAAAACUGUGCAAUCGGGUAAGAUAAUAAAUAAUUGUUCGCGUUGUGGUCGUUGUCAUAAUAUUAAUGCAUGUCCAGCUUAUGGGAAAAUUUGCUCUUUUUGUAAAAAUAAAAAUCAUUUUGCGAARAUGUGUAAAUUAAAUAAAGACACAAAUAAAAAGAAAAUUCAACAAAUUAAUAAGUUUAAGGAAAAUGAUGACACACAAUACUUUUUUGUUGAAACAAUAAAUUAUAAAAAUAAUGAUUCUAACAAUUCUAAUUUAGUCAACUUAAYAAUUAAUAACAAAUUCGUUAAAUGUAAAAUUGAUAGUGGUGCAGAAGCAAAUGUAAUUUCAAUAAAUACAUUAAAAUAUCUUAACUUUAAGUUAGACAGGAUUGAAAAUACAAAUGAUGUAUUAGUAACUUAUACGAAGGAAAAAAUAUCGAUUUUAGGAAAAUGUAAAUUAUGUUUAGAAUUUCGCAAACAAAAAUUUCAAGUUGAUUUUUAUGUAGAACAAACAAAUAGUAAUAAAACUAUAAUAGYAUUUAGCACAGCUAUUACCACUGGUAUCUUACAACUUAAUAAAGAAAUUGAAACCAUCAAUUUAAAUCAGCAAUGUCAAAACAGUAACUACAAAAACUUAAUUUAUAAAUAUGACAGUGUUUUCAAAGGUAUAGGUAAAAUAAAUAAACCGUAUCAUUUUGAUUUAAUUGAAAAUGCAAAACCUGUCAUUUGUCCUAUCAGAAAUGUACCAUUUGCUUUAAGAGAUAAAUUUAAAACAUGUCUAGAAGAACUAGAACAAGCUCAAAUAAUUAAAAAAGUUGAAGGUUCUUCUGAAUGGGUAAACUCGUAUGUAUUAGUCAAAAAAGAAGAUGGUUCUUUAAGAGUGUGCUUAGACCCUCAAAAUUUAAAUAAAGUAAUAAAAAAUCAUAAAUAUAAAAUUCCGAAUAUAGACGAAAUAUCAAAUAAAUUAAAUGGGUCAAAAAUAUUUUCUACUUUAGAUGCUGCUAGCGGGUUUUGGAACAUUCCGUUAGAUAAAACAUCUAGUAAAUUAUGUACGUUUGGAACGCCAUUUGGACGAUACAGAUUUCUACGCAUGCCUAUGGGUAUCAAAGUAGCAAGUGAGGUAUUUCAAGAAUAUUUUAGUGAAAUAUUCAAUAUUCCAGGUGUAGAGGUCUAUGUAGAUGACAUUUUAAUUCAUGCAAAAAAUAAAACUGAACAUGACAAAAUUCUUGAACAAGUAUUUCAAAUUGCAAAAGAAAAUAAUAUUAAAUUUAAUUUAAGGAAAUGCAGAUUUGGUCUUAAUGAAAUAAAGUAUUUAGGACAUAAAUUUAGUGCUGCAGGUAUUUCAGUUGAUGAAGAAAAAAUAGACGCAAUAAAAAAUAUGCCUCCACCUACUUGCAAAAAAGACAUCGAGCGAUUUUUAGGUCUAGUUACAUAUGUAGGUAGAUUCAUAAAUAAUUUGUCGGAAAAAACAUAUCAUUUAAGAAAAUUAUUGAAACAAGACGUUUGUUUCGAAUGGGAACAAGAACAGCAAGAAGCUUUUAAUAAUUUAAAAUCACUUAUAGUAAGUAAACCUUGUUUACAAUUUUUUGAUCCUAAAAAAGAUAUAACUAUCUCAGUAGACGCUUCUCAAAAUGGAUUAGGAGCUGUUCUUUUGCAAAAUAACAAACCUUGUGCAUUCGCUURAAGAGCAAUGACUGAAACGCAAAAAAGGUAUGCCCAAAUUGAGAAAGAGCUUUUAGCCAUUCACUUUGGAGUAAAUAAGUUUUAUCAAUAUAUUUUCGGUCGAAAAUUUAAUGUUGAAACAGACCAUAAACCCCUAAUAUCUAUUUUCAAAAAAUCCUUAAAUGACUGUCCAGCAAGAUUACAACGUAUGAGAUUGUCUCUUCAAAAAUUUGACCUAAACUUGAUAUAUAAACCGGGUAAAGACCUAGUAGUAGCGGAUACRUUGUCAAGGGCUACUUUACCUCAAAAAUAUGAAGAUAAUUUAAGUUUAGAAUUACAAAUUUGUAUUGUAGAACAAAAUCUGGUCAUAAACGAUGAAAAUUUAAAUAGAUUAAUAAUUGAAAGCAAAAAAGAUGAAGAUUUCCAAAAAAUUAGACACUAUUUAAAUAACGGUUGGCCUUUAUCAAUCAAUAAAGUUCCAUCUGAGAUCAAAUCAUAUUARAAAGAAAGAGCAGAAAUUACUCAGGGUAACAAUGAAUUGAUUUAUAAAGGACAAAAAGUAAUCAUACCCAAAUCACUACGUCCAAAAAUUUUAGCRGACUUACACGUAGGACAUUUAGGUAUCAAAAAAUGCAUACAAAAAGCUAGAUUUUGCGUCUAUUGGCCAGGAAUAACAACUAAUAUUGAAAACUACAUUUCUAAAUGCGAAAUGUGUAACAAGUAUUCAAAUUCUAAUAAAAAUGAACCAAUGUUACCUCAUAAAAUUAUAAAACAACCAUGGCAAAAAUUAGGAAUGGAUAUUUUUGAAAUAUAUGGACAAACAUAUUUAAUCGUAGUUGAUUACUAUUCUAAAUACCCAGAAGUUAUCAAUCUAAAUAAAAAUUUAACUUCAAAAAAUAUCAUACAUAAACUAAAAUCAAUAUUUUCACGUCAUGGAAUACCCAAAAUUGUAAUUGCAGACAGUGGAACACAAUUAACAAGUAAUGAAAUAAAACAAUUUGCUAAAGAAUGGAAUUUUACUUUAAUUGCUGCUUCUCCUAAAAAUCAAAGAUCGAAUGGUCAAAGUGAACGAACAAUACAAACAGUCAAAAACAUAAUUAAAAAAACAACAGAAAAUGGAGAAGACAUGUAUUUAGCUCUUUUAGCUUUUCGCAAUACACCUAUUUAUGACAUUUAUACUCCAUCACAAUUAUUAAUGUSUAGAUAUUUACGCGAUCAACUACCCAUCAGCAAUCAUAAUUUAAAACCAAAAAUUAUUAACACUAAAGUAUUUCAUAAAAGGAUUGACAAUAAACAAAAUAUAAGUAAAAUUAAUUUUGAUAUAAGAGGAAUAAAACAAUUUCCGCAAUUUUACAAUAAUGAAGUUAUAAGAUACCAAGAGGUACCAAAAAGCUGUUGGAAAUUAGGUAGAAUUGUAGAACGACUUAGGGAUCGUACUUACAGGAUUCAAAAGGAUAAUGGAAGAUGCAUCAUUAGAAAUCGCAGGUACAUCAAGAAAACUAGAGAAAAUACCGACGAUUUCAUGCAUUCUCUUGAGUCCAAUAAUGAUUGUAAAAAUACUCCUUGUUCGACUUUUGUUUAUAAUAUAGAUUUAGAUAUAAGUGAUAAAAGUGAUAGUGUGGUAGAAAACCAAGAAAUAAACAGUGAAAAGCAAGAAAUUAACAGUGAAGUGCCAAAUCAAAGUGAAUUAGAACCUGUUGAGAUUCAAAGUGAAAAUAACGAAACCAAUGAACUCACAAACGGGGAGGAAAGUGUUUAUAAUAAGAAUUUAGAAGAUAAAUUAGAACCAAGUAAUGUUAAUAGCUUAGAAAGUAAUGAUAAGGAAAAUAACAAAGAUACUAAAAUUAAAACUACAAAAUCAGGACGCAAAUCGAAGCGCCCAAAAAGAUUAAAGGAUUUUGUAACUAAUUAAUGGGGAGGAUGUUAUACAUAUGUGUAUGCUUGGUUGCAUAUUGUAGAUAUUUGUAUAUAAUAAACUUAGUCUUAAGCUGA